CUCUGUCUCUCUCUCUCUCUCUCUCUCUCAUGGCUCUCGCCACAUCGAAGCAAUGACGCCCUCCCACCUCAUCUUCACCUUCUACGGAGAGCUACACCAAGGAGGACAAACCAGAGAAGAAAUUGGACGGUGGAGAGAAGACGGAUGACGGAUCCAUGAGCUGGAAGCUCCCGUUCUUCGCACUGGUAACCCUCCGAUACAUGAGCGCGACAUCCAACAUCAUACACAACUGCAACGAGGUCUUCAAUUACUGGGAGCCACUACAUUUUCUCCUCUUCAAAUCCGGAUUCCAGACCUGGGAAUACAGGGCUGGAUUCUACCGGUGGGAAAACCACAGCCCUCUGUCUGGAGUUAAUAAAGGUACGAGUGGUGGCUUGGCCAUUUCUUUCAGUGGUUGUGAUGGCAAUCAAACUUCUGCAGAUACAUCAGUAAGUGGUUGUUUCUUCUGACUCCCCUCUUAAUGAAUUCAGCAAAUGCAUGCAUUUGUUCAUAAGAGAUAAAUGUGUAUACAAAACCAGCAAAUGUCUAGAGAUGACUGGAUGAUUCUGGUUUAAACAACUGCAUUGCUCUCCUAGAGGUGAAUUUAGGAUGCUUUGGAAUUGUGAUUGCUGAUUGCUUUGGUUAUUUUACAAGAGCCCCACGUCCGCUGUUUAGAUGGCCAUGCCAUCUAUGAAUCGGGACUUGUCUGUCUGCUAGGCCAGGGCAUGGAUGGCUCAUGGAUCAAAAACAAUA